GCGCGCGACGAGGCCACGUACGUGUUCGCCCUGCUCGACGUCGACGGGAACGGGGAGGUGCAAUUCGAGGAGUUCCUGAGCGCGUGCCUGCGCCUGAGGGGCAGCGCGAAGUCCUUGGACAUGCUCAUCCAGUUGCAGGAGUCCCGGCACGCCAAGAAGGUGCUGGAGGAUAUGAUCAUCGGGAUCCAGGAAAACGUAAAGAUGAUAGCAGACUCGCUCCCGAACAGCCAGGAUAUCGGGGACAAGGUGACUACGAGGACGACGGCGAUGAUUCGCCAGAUCUUGCAGAAGGAAGCGUUCAGGCCUCCGAAGCAGCCAGACACGCACCUCGAGAUCAUGACCCCCUCGACGUCCGACGACGAGGUGUGAGGCGCACGCGGCGAGGCUCACCGCCUGAGGGCAUGCGCCUCCUCGCUGGGGAGGAGGACGAGGGGCAAGCCUCCUCGCUGGGAGGAGGACGAGGUGUGCUCCUCCUGCUGGUAUGCUCCUCCUCGCUGGGAGGAGGGUAUGCUCCUACUCGCCUGGGGCAAGGGGGG